AUGGGCACCCGCGGGCCCUACACGCUGGUGGACACCACGCCUGCCAAGACCAUCGUGGUGUACCGCAACGGGGACCAGUUCUUCGUGGGCAGGAAGUUCGUGCUGUCGCGGCGCCGCGUGGCCACCUUCGAGGCGCUGCUGGAGCAGCUGACGGAGCAGGUGGAGGCGCCGUUCGGGGUGCGGCGUCUGUACACGCCGAUGCGCGGCCGCCAGGUGCUGCAGCUGGACGCGCUGCAGGCGGGCGGCAAGUAUGUGGCCGCCGGCCGCGAGCGCUUCAAGAAGCUCGAUUAUAUUCACAUAGUUCCCCGAAAACCUACAAAGAUGAGAAAGUUGAAGGAAAUCAAACCGGUGGUACAUUGUGAUAUAGAUGUGCCUUCCAGGUGGCAAGCAUGCCCUCGUAUGUCCCGACAUAUAAAUGUUUUUACAAAUGGAAGAUUAUUUAUCCCACCUGUUAAAGUUAUUAUACCCAAAUUCAGUCUAUCAGAUUGGAAUGUCGUGCUGGCCAUGAUUGGAGAAAAGGUCUUUCCCCUAGGAGGCGUUCGGAAGUUAUAUACAAUGAAUGGGCAUCUUUUGGACAACUCAAAGGAUUUGCAAGAUAAUCAUUUUUACAUUGCUGGGGGCCUGGAGACCUUCAAACAUUUACCCUACUGGAAGUCCCCAAAGGUUCCCAUCGAGGUCCAGCAAAGGUACGAGGACAUUGGAAAACACUCACCAAGGAGGAAACAGGUGGAUUCCAAAGAAAAAGAACCUCAAAAAUCUGACAGCAUGGCAUCCGAAACACAGGACUCUGUUUAUUAUGCCAAAAGAGAGAAGAAAACAGUGGCAGAACCAGUGGUCCCAUGUGGCGCAGAAGGUGAUGUGUUUAAAGCACAGACGUCCAGCAAGGACAUGCAAGAGGCUCUGGAUGUCAAAGAGGACCAAGACGUGCACGUGGAGGUGCCCGUGGACCAGAUACCAGCCGAGAUAGUUAAAGAAGGUGACGAAACCUACGACAGCCCUCCUGGUUUUGAAGGCGGCCAGGAAUUCAUUGAGAGGAAAUCUCGGGAGAGUGCUGAAGGUUUUGAGCAAGGCGGGUCCUUCCCACUGGUGCGGCUUGCUCUGUGCCGCUGGGAACCAGCGCCCCUGCUGGUGUUCACCCAGAAAGUGCAAGACAAGACUAGCUACACUGAGCGCUAA